UCAAAGCUUUGAAGCUUCUCACAACAAAGAAGGCCGGCCAUCAAUGGCCUACAGAAGAAGCACAACCUCCUCCAUCUUGGAGGUCUUCAGCCUGAAUCCUCUUCCAUACCCAGUUCUGCUAAUUCUAGCUGUGAUCUCAAUCUUCCUCGGCAUGUCAUGGUACUUCUCUUACGAGGAAGCUGUGGAAAGUGCCGAAGAACAAAUGGGUUUGGUCCUCUUGGUCACACCUGUAGUGUUAGUGGUCAUCGUCCGGUGGCUGUCAUCAAUGGAAAAUCCAGGCAGCCUGUUUUCCACGUCGCCGUGGGAUCAGCGCCGUCGAACCCACCAUCUCCCCUCGGAAGGGAGCUCCCCGUGGGCUGUGGCAGCUUUGAUUGUGCUGUUGCUUGUUAUGGUGCAAUUCCGGUCUAUCUUCAUUGAUAGCUGGUCAGUUUAGAUAUGAUUAUCAUUAUUUUUUUUUUUUAAGACAUAGGCUUUGAGUUUUGUUAGGGGAAAUACAGGUUAAUCAUGACAAUUAUGCAUUAUUGUACAUAGUAAAGGAUGAUGCCUUGUAAUUGGCUUGGUUUUCUGUUUGAUAUAGAUAAUAUAUAUAUAUGGGUCAUAUUUAAGAA